AUUUUUUCCGCUUCAGUAAUCCAUAGAGAUGUAACUGGCCAUGUGAGAAGUCGCAGCACGGUGUGUGUAACUUCUGCUUUACCUGACAAGCCUGGAGGCUCGCAUUACAACCUCUGAAUCUCGGUUGAGGGUUUGAUUUCUCUGACUACCGUUUCACUGGAAAGGAAGCCGAGCUGGUUUCACAGCUGACAACCGAGCAUGGCUCAGGAGAAAACCGGAUCCGCCUCAGAUCAGGUCCGGGAGUGAAUCACAGCUUGACUUCAUGAAAACAACAACAUCUUAAAAACUUGCAAUCUGCAUGAUCUACUCCACUAUGUGCAAUCAAGAGUUUAAAAAUAAUUGUGUUUAGAACUGAAUAAAUCAGACACUUGAUAAAUAAACAUUGUUUGAGUUUUAAUGGAAAUUGUUUGGGCUCGGAGUAUACUUAUUUUCGGACAAUCAGGAGAACCCUUAAAAGAUCUCGCAGGAACCUUUUCCUGGAGCGUGUUUCCACAUUUCCCACAUUUGGUGGAGUCUCUAUGGCUAUGGUUUCUAUAGCAACAACUCCUGCCGCGCGUCGUCCAAUAGGCAGCGCGCGCGUGAAAGAAAAAACGGCGAGCAGCGCAUUAUGGCAGCAGUACUUGGUGCGCGCGGGAGAGGGGAGCAUUUUGCUAUUUGCAUGUGCGCGGCGGAGUGAUUAGUGAGUUUUCAACAGCUAGCUUCUCCGCCGGUUUCCCGCUCAGACACACAAGGGGGCACGAGGAAGUGUGUGUGUAUGUGUGUAUGUGUGUGUGUAUGAGUGUGUGCAUGAGUGUGUUUUCUUUUUUCCCUUUCAUUUCUUUUCUUUUUACUUGAAGAUGAUGACAGAGGUCAGGAUCCGCUAAUGGGGCCACUGAAGAGGAGGCACAGAGCAGAAACACAUACAUUACAUACACUAGAGUACCGUCAGCAUAGGGAUUUCUAUUUUCUACCAGCCACUUGGAAACUAUAAAAGGAAAGACAAAACUACAGGAGAAAUAUUUCACUUCUCUUCGACGUCGCCUGCUAAUUUGGCAAGAAGCUCCAGCCGAGUGACGAGCUGCAGGAAAAAACAAAACAAAACCAAAAAAAAAAAAAAAACAAUGCCUCAAAAAGAGUACUAUAACCGGACCACGUGGGAGUCUGGUGUAGCGUCCAUGAUGCAAAACAAGGUAUCUGACAUCUGUAAAGAAGGUCACAGCGGGGUGAACCAGCUCGGCGGCGUGUUCGUUAACGGCAGACCGCUGCCCGAUUCCACCAGACAGAAAAUCGUGGAGCUCGCGCACAGCGGCGCCCGCCCCUGCGACAUAUCCCGGAUUCUGCAGACCCAUGCCGAUGCAAAAGUCCAAGUGCUGGACAAUGAAAACGUGUCCAAUGGAUGUGUGAGUAAGAUCUUGGGCAGGUACUACGAAACAGGCUCGAUCAGACCGCGCGCGAUCGGCGGAAGUAAACCGCGAGUGGCCACACCUGAGGUGGUCAGCAAAAUCGCCCAGUUUAAGAGGGAGUGCCCGUCCAUUUUCGCGUGGGAAAUCCGGGACAGACUGCUCUCCGAGGGCAUCUGCACGAACGACAACAUACCGAGCGUGUCGUCCAUAAACCGAGUGCUGCGCAACCUGGCUAGCGAGAAGCAACAGAUGGGAGCAGAUGGCAUGUAUGAGAAGCUGAGGAUGCUGAACGGACAGACGGGAGCGUGGGGGACCCGGCCGGGCUGGUACCCCGGAUCAUCGGUGCCAGGACAGCAGAACCAAGAAGGCUGUCAGCAGUCAGAUGGAGGUGGUGAGAACACAAACUCGAUCAGCUCCAACGGGGAAGACUCAGACGAGGCCCAGAUGCGACUCCAGUUAAAGAGAAAACUGCAAAGGAACCGCACAUCUUUCACCCAAGAGCAGAUAGAGGCACUUGAGAAAGAGUUUGAAAGAACGCAUUAUCCGGACGUUUUUGCCCGAGAGAGACUUGCGGCGAAAAUCGACUUACCAGAGGCCAGAAUACAGGUAUGGUUCUCAAACAGAAGAGCAAAAUGGAGGAGGGAGGAAAAACUGAGGAAUCAGAGACGACAAGCCAGUAACUCCACCAGUCACAUACCUAUCAGUAGCAGCUUUAGCACAAGCGUCUAUCAGCCAAUCCCCCAGCCGACAACGCCAGGCUCCAUGUUGGGACGGUCAGACACGGCGCUCACCAACACGUACAGCGCCCUUCCACCAAUGCCAAGCUUCACAAUGGCCAACAACCUGCCUAUGCAAGCAAGCCAGACCUCAUCCUACUCCUGCAUGCUGCCCACCAGUCCUUCAGUGAAUGGGCGGAGCUACGAUGCAUAUACACCCCCUCACAUGCAGGCACACAUGAACAGCCAAUCGAUGGCCACCUCGGGCACAACCUCGACGGGUCUAAUCUCGCCUGGAGUGUCUGUACCGGUACAAGUGCCAGGCAGUGAACCUGACAUGUCCCAAUAUUGGCCCAGGCUACAGUGAAGGGAGCUGAGGAGUGCAGAGAAACAGACGCGACCUCCUGGCCUCUCUCAGCUGCAAGGCGAAGCGGUUCAGCAGUAUUUCACUACACAACAGAGAAGCGGCUCUAAAAAGGACCUGUGUUCUUUUGUACGGGGAUAGUGCCACUUCUCUAACGUUCUCUGGACAGAAAGACUCGAAGAAGCACCGAAAGAGAACGGACUCUGUGUAAAGUGCCCUGUGUUAUAUCGUUUAAAAAAUGGAACAAAAAUCUCUUUUCAGUUUCCAGUCAUUUUGAUGUAUUUGUAAAUGGCCAAUUGUAUGUUAUGACAUAAAAAGAAAUGAACAGCUGUGGAUGGACUGUCGAACCAAGUUGUUUCACAUCCGUGGAAGGAGCGACAUUCACGCGAGCAUUUCUGCCGUGCUUCUUUUGUUCCAUUAUCAGUUUAUAUCAAGGACUUCUGAACGUCUUUGUAAUGAUUGUGGACCUGUAGUAACAACAGUUUUGUUCCAAGGCAACCAUGACUACACACAGUUUACAAGAAGCCAAUUCAUUCGUUUCCAAAGCUUGCUGACAGAAAAAAAAGUAUAUGUGGAACGCUUUGAAUGCUGAAUCAGAAAUGAAAAAGAAAAAAACAAACAAACAAAAAAAAAACCUUUUGGUAACUUUUGGUUAAAACAGUAGAUUGUGUCUUGGAUAUAAUUCAGUUUUGUUUCAUGUCGAAAUGUAAGUAUUUGUCUUCCCUAGAGGUCUCUCAGAACAAUUUCUAUAAUAAAAUAAAUUUCAUUUAUAAUUAUCUGAAUAUUCUGAGUACAUAAAUUAGCUCUUUUUUUGUUCAAUGACACAUUUCACCUGUCUGCAGUAUCACUAUGUUACUAAAAGAACUAUGUUGACAUAAGAACUGCCUACUGAUUUACAGCCAAAAAUAAGAACUUACUAUUGACUUUAAAACAUGUUUAAUUUCCUUUUUUUUUUAAAUUUUAUUUUAUCUUAGUAUAUUAGGUAUUAAAUUUGUUAUGACCAGAGUCAAUUUACCAACUCCUGUGUAAAAUGUGUGAAGGGUUCAAUCUUGUUGGAAAUAACCCUUAAACACAAACCCAGACUUAUUAACUAAAGUCCGUUUAAAAGGCUACUUAUGGGCUGUUACAACAUCAGAGCACUGUUAUAACACUACUUUUCUAAACAAAUUUUAAACCCAUAUUAGAGAAACCUCGAUUUUGCCAAGCAUUAACUGGAUUCAUUGACUAGUUUAUUGAUUUCUGAGGAACAACUUUGCAAAUAUUUAUGCCUUAAGCAUAAAUUGUAACAAUUUUCACAACUUAAGUUCUAUGAAAAGAUACAAAUCUUAAAGUUUUUUAACUGCACUUGUAUGAAAUUGAAUGAAUUAUCCACCUCACCCUCAUAAGGUGACCAGAAAGCAUGAUGUCUUUUCUCAAAUAAAUUGCAUUUAUUCAGUAAAAAUACACAUAAAAGCCAGGACAAAUCAACAGGGCAGCACAAGAAACUUGUUCAACAGAAAAACUACUUUUACAGUUCCAGGUAGAGUAGUUUUACUGAUACAUCAAUAAAUUCAAUUGAACUCAAUUCAAUUUUAUUUGCAUAUCACUUUUAACAAAAAAAAAAAAAAUCAUCACAGUGCAGCUUUACAGAAAUCUGGUUGUAGAUUUAGAUCCCUAAUGAACAAACCAGAAAUGACAGUGGCAAACUUUUAGAGGAACCAGAUUUAAAAGGGAACCCAUCCUCUUGUAGGUGACCCCAGAUAACAAUAUAGCACCAUUAAAUUGUGAAAUGUAAAAUAAAAAUGGCCAUGAUCUUCUGGGAUUGGUGAAUUGUUUUUCUAUAUCUAGUUUUUUUUAAUCCCUAUGGACGGCCUUUCACUCUUUUUUUUUUUUUUUUACUAUUUCCGCUUCUACAGUUUUCAAGCAACAGCCACCACAUAAUGAAACUUUUGACCAGGUAGUACAACUUUAUGAACACAUUAUCAUAUGUCAUCCCAUUGUGUUAUGUAAAACAAACUCAAACAGUCAAACACUAGGCUAUUGUGACUAUUUUAAAUCUAUUUUGUUUACAUCCCUCCAUUAAAAAGACCCUAUUUAAAGUCUAUUUCCAUCUGUACCAAGAAUGUAGAGUUUAGAUCUUUAUAAUCUUUUAUUUGGAUCUGCUGAGCCAGUAUGGCUUUUACACUUCCCUUACUUAAGAGAUUACUGCAUUCAAGCUACUUAAUGCAAAUCAUUUGGAUAAUGAAUCUGAAUGGCACCAAAGAAAUAUAACAUCAGUGUAAAGUCUUUUUGAAAAACACAAUAUGACGUCUCUCUGUUCUCUAUUGAAGUGUUAAGAAAUAUAAAGGUCAUAUCAUGAACAAAUCCUGACUUCAUACUUCACUAGCAGGAAUAAUCUUAAAUACAUCUUAGCACAAAUAGCCCAUGCAUAUUGUCAUUUUUAAAUGGUUAAUCUAUGCAGUGUGUGUGUAUAGGAUGCUCCACAUACAGUACACAACACCAAUGAUACUGAUGGAAGACAAAAACUACAAGCCAGAGGGUCACAUGCCAACACUCUAAUCAAAAUUAAAAGGACAAUUGAAGUCAGUGCAUACGCUCUUAGUAAGAAAGAUUCUUCAGUGUUUUUGGAUAAUUAAGGGUUCUUAGCUUCCAAAACUUAGUAAGCUUUUUGAUAGGGAAAAACUCAGUUGUAGGCAUCUACAUUAAACCUUUAAGGGUUCCCCAAAAGUGCUAACUUAAAAACUCUUAAGGGUUCUAAAUUUUAGUGUGUUCCCAUAAAAAUGUAUGGGUACCAGGGUUGGUACCAUGGAUUAAAAUCCAAAGGAAAUAGAAGAGAACUUCAGAUACCUUCAAUUUGGUUCAUUCAAUUCAAUUCAGUAGACAUUAUCACAUAUAAUGAUGAAUAAUGUAAUAUAUUCAUAAGUCGUAAAUAGGUUUACAAAAAUCCAGAUGUAUAUUUAAAUCCUAAUGAACAAGCCAGAGGCAAGAGUGAUGUGGAAAAACUCUGUGAGAUGACAUGAGGAAGAAACCUUGAGAGAAACCAGACUCAAAUGGAACCCAUCCUUUCCUAAAUGACAUUGGACAGUGGGAUUAUAAAUCAUUACCUUUCCACAAUUGUAUACUAUAAAGUGUGUUGAAAGGAUGUUCAGUGUGAGCAUCAUCGUCUUUAUGAUAACAGCAGCAGUUCUUAUAUACAAAUCUUAGAGAUUAUCCACUGAAAUGGGUGAGAUUUGGGCCUUUGACAACAUACCACAACUAAAUCCAGCACACCGGUCCCAGCCAUGCAUGAACACUGCUCAGGUACAGUCCUGUCAGAGAACGUUUUUAUCACCACAGACACGCAAUGCAAGAGAAACUCAACAACAGGACACGUGUUCACUUCACAGCAGCUGGGUUUAAAAACAUAGAUGAUAUGGAAAGCCCAAAUGUGUCCCUUCUGUGUAGAUGGGUGUUUGGGGUUUGAGUUGAUCUGGAUGUAUGUGUUGUCAAAGGUGGGAAUAAGAAGUUGAGCAUCUGCGUGAUGAAAAGUGAAGCAAGUCUUGGUAGAGAAGAACGAUGAAUUUGGUGGUUCCAACAAACUCUUCAAGACAGGCUUUAUAAAUUGGUUAUUUUUAUGAUGACAGCGAUGUGGAUUUGGAA